UGGAAUCACCUCAGUCUGGCCGGCUCUGCACAGUGAGCGGCUCUGUGAUGUAGCUCCGGGCUGGGCAGCGCUCGGCUACACGUUACAUGGGGCGGUAAAAACACUUUUCAGCACCAUUACUGACGGGACAGCUCUUGGCUCCGCCGUUGGUUCGCUGAGCAACGUUUGUGGCAAAUUCCUGAAACCAGGUGACUUCCUGCCAUUGGCAGCUCGUGUUUUGGAUCAUCAUGGACCGACGCCAUUGCCUGGGACAGCAAGCUGGGAGCAGCUGUGCAUCAGGAGCCAUUCACAUGGAGGAACCAAGGGUUCUUAUGGACGGGGAAUACAGUCAAGGCAGUGAGAAUGAGCUAAAAGAUUUUGGACAGCGGGACUCUGUUGCUGUGCAGGAAGUCCACCAUUGCUUGCUUCAGGAGUCACCUAGUUUUGUCAGAGAUCGCUUGCUGACAUCAAGUUAUUGCCACACACCUGCCUCAAACAAAUCUAAUGGACAAUUGACACCGCAAUCCGUUGAUAUACACCAGCAUCCAAAGUGCUGCCACUGUAAACAUCAAGAGUGUAAACUCAGCUAUAGUGUGCCACAACUACCAGGUCAUGAAGAUAGGGGAACAUUGUGUUCUCAUCUCUCAAGUGUGAAUCCUUCUUCAGACACCUCUCAUUUGACAACUGAUUGUCUCUGGAAGCAGUGGCCAAGUGAUCAGACAACAACACAACCAAUGCAACAUCAUGUUGUGACUGUGAGGCAUGAUAAAGCUUUCAGGAUGCCAAAAAGUUAUUCUCAGCUGAUAACUGACUGGCCGCUCCCAGUCUUGGCAAUCUGGUUGCUUCUAAUACUCAUCUGUACUCUGGCAGGGCUCCUGGUUGGACAAAUGCCAGAUUUUUCUGAUCCUUUAAUGGGGUUCGAGCCCAGGGACACAGAUAUUGGUAAAAAAUUGACAACCUGGAAAAACAUGCAAAGCAAUACUGGCUUUAGGAAGACUCUUUCUAUCUAUCCCCAUGGUGAGAAGAACAGUCUGGAUGACGUGGACCUCAGCAGAAGAAAUGAGAAGUUAUUUCAAGGGGGACGUGAAACACGGUUCCGGCGGAUGGUAGAGCAAAAUGAUGGCGUGGAUGGCUUUUUCUGUGGUCCUCCAGCUUCCAGUUACUCCCAGCUUGUAUUUAUGUCUAGGACAGCAGGGAGUUUAUGGAAUCUUCAAGCAAUCCAAUCUAUGUGUCGUAUAGAAAAUGAAAAGAUCCGUUCCCAUCCGCAUUUUACCGAAGUUUGCAAACGCAGUGGGACCAACGAAUGCUGCCCCAGCUGGUCUCUCGGAAACUACAUAGCAGUCUUGUACAACCGAUCUUCGUGCAUGGAAAUCACUCAGUCUGACAUCUCUCAUACAUUGGUUCUCCUUAGGUCCUGUGCUCCAGAUUACCACAAAGGGACUUUAACUCCUUCCUGUAUAGGGUCCAGGUCUGAGAAAGAAAAGCACCCCCAUUGUGCCAAGGUGCCUGAGAAAUGCACAAGAUCAAGUGCAGUCUAUCAGCUUCUUCAUUUUAUGGUUGACAGAGACUUUCUGAGCCCUCAGACCACGGACUACCAAGUCCCAUCACUGAAGUACAGCCUAUUGUUUUUACCAGCCAAAAAAGGACCAGCCAUGAUGAAUAUUUACUUAGACAAUCUGGAGUCACGGGAUCUGUUUGAUAACUAUACAGCUAUAACUGGAAUGGAUUUGGGACUAAAGCAAGCACUUUUCCAACAUUACCUUAUUUUGGAUACCGUGUAUCCAGUCCUGGCAAUAUUAUCUGUUUUUAUAAGUAUGUCUUUUUACCUGCGUUCUUUUUUUAUCACUUUCAUGGUCUUGAUGUCUGUCAUUGGAUCGCUGAUGAUUUCUUUCUUUUUAUACAAGUUGGUAUUCAGGAUGACUUUCUUUCCCAUCGUUAACCUGAUAGCAAUUAUUAUCCUCAGCAGUAUCUCUUCUAAUCACACAUUUGUAUUCUAUGACCUGUGGAGCCUCAGUAAAGCACAUAGCCCAGCAGCAGGAAUGCUACAAUGGGUGAGACAAACUAUGCACCAUUUUUGGUACCUUAUGCUGGUCUCCUGCCUCACAACUGGGGCUGCAUUCUAUGCUAGUUAUAUGAGUACCAUUACAUCUGUCCGUUGCUUUGCUGUUUACUUAGGAACAUCUGUGCUAGUAAACAUGACCUUUAUGAUAACUUGGGUCCCUGCAUCUGUUGUUGUUUAUGAACGCUACAUCAUAGCUAGCUGUAGUUACAAAUCAGAAGACUACUGGAACAGUGGACACAAGAGGUUCUUUCUCUCCCUAUAUCAGAGGUUUAGGAGUGUCCAAAGUACUUUGUCCGAAACCUCCAAACUCCUUUUUGAAAAGCUUCUUCCAUGUGGUGUAAUAAAAUUUCGAUACAUAUGGAUUUGCUGGUUUGCUGCCCUUGCAGCUGGGGGUGCGUACAUCUCUUGCAUGAGUCCCAAACUGAAUUUAACUUCUGAUAUAUCAUCUGUUCAAGUGUUUCGUUUGAGUCACCCCUUUGAGAGGUACGAUGCUGAGUACUGCCAUCAGUUCAUGUUUGAACGUCUAGAGCACGGAGAAGGACAGCGCAUGCCAAUUACGCUAAUUUGGGGAAUUUUGCCUGUGGAUAAUGGUGAUCAUCUCAAUCCAAAGACCAAUGGGACACUUGUAACAGACGCUACGUUCACAAUCCGAAAUGCUGAAGAUCAAAAGUGGCUUCUGGAGCUUUGUCAGAAGGUGAAAAACCAAAGUUUUUACUAUGCUGACCAAGAUAAGAAGCCAAACAUCUGUUUCAUGGAAGAUUUUCACCGGUGGAUGGAAAGCCGUCAAUGCUCACAGAGUGAUCAAGACCUCAAUCUUUGCUGUAACCAAUUUUCUUUUCCAUAUAGGAGUGACCUUCUUCUACACUGCAUAAAAAUGAUGGUGAGAGAACAAGGCAGGGAUGGCCCUGAAGUAUAUGACAUUGGCCCUAGAUUUAAUGCAGAUGGUAAACUAUCUGCUUUGGUUUUAGAAUUUCAAACUGUGUAUCAUUACAGUUUCAAUUACAGUAAAACCAAUACAUUUUACAACACCUUAAGCCAGUGGCUGCUGAAUGAAAUAAAGAAUGCACCGCCAGGCCUCCAAAAUGGAUGGUUUACAAGCAACCUUUCUCUAUAUAACCUCCAAGAUAGUUUAAGCAGUGAGGUCAUGGUGGUUACAGGCUUUUCUGUAGCAAUUUCCUUUGUGGUUCUGCUUCUUACAACAUGGAAUGUGCUACUUAGUUUAUUUGCUGUCACGGCCAUUGGUGGAUCGGUGUUAGGCACAGUUGGCCUACUGGUCCUCUUGGAGUGGCAGCUGAAUGUGGUGGAAUCGCUCUUCAUUUCAGCAGCUGUGGGUCUCUCAGUUGACUUUACUGUAAAUUACUGCAUCUCAUACCACCUGUGCCCACAUUUUGAUCGCCUAAGCCGUGUCGCGUUCUCUUUAAAGCAGAUGAGUUGUGCUACAGCCAUGGGGGCCUCUACUAUGUUUUCUGCUGGGGUGAUAAUGUUGCCAGCUACAGUGCUCGCAUAUAGAAAACUAGGUAUAUUUAUCAUGAUGAUUAAGUGUAUUAGCUGUGGAUUUGCUAGCUUUUUUUUCCAGUCACUCUGCUGCUUCUUUGGGCCAGAGAAAAGCUGUGGGCAGAUACUAUGGCCCUGUGCCCAUGAUAUAAAGGAACAUCGUGAUAAUCAGAGACCAAAUGGCACAUUUCUCUGUGGUGGGAAUGAGAAAACAAGCAGGUUGAGGAAAGUACAGGAGUCUAACAAAGCAAAUGAGCAAUAUGAACUCCAACCCUUAGCCAGGAAUCUCAGUGAUAGUUUUGACAACAGCACUUCUACUAGUAAGCUAUCAAAACGCCCAUCUAUUCUAUCUGAAGACAUACAACUCGCAGAGAAUAAGUGCUCCGGAAGAGGACCUGAGCAGGCCCAGAAAGCAGAAACUCCUAACACUGUUGGCCACCAAACCGUUUUUAGCCAUGUCCCUGCUUUGCAAACUUCUUCUCCUUAUAGACACUGCAGCUUUGGAACUGAGACAGAAGCACAAGAAGAAUCAUACAGACAUUGCACGUGUCAGGGAAUAAACAGCAAGACCUGGAAUGGUUCUGUGAUUGAUCAUGAGAAUGUACACAACACGCAAUGUCAAUCUCGACAGAAUAACUUGCAGAGUUCUAAAAGCAACACCCAAGCACAGAUGUAUUCUGAAAAUAAAAGCAUUGACAUGUACGAAUAUUCUAGGUGCCUUUGUUCCAUGGGGAGUUCGUUUGAUGCUCUCGAAUCAAAUGAAACAUGUCUUAGUGAUUGUGAGCCUAAAUUAUCAGAUUCAGCAAGAUGUUCUCCUGAUUUUCUUACGGUUCCCGACUCUCCAAGCCUCAGGGAGAGGGGCCAUUUAAAUGGCAAAAGGGAGACGUUAAGACUGGCGCUGAGGGAAACGGUGUUCGAUUCGUCUACAGCUUCAAGACAAACCAGCAAUAUAUGGAAAAGUCAGCAAAAACAAGGCAUAGGAAACCCUGUUGUUUUGCCAAACAGCAAGCCAGAUAUGCCAGAUGUUUGGAUCAAGAGAUCUAAUGAGCAGAAUUCGGGAUACAUCAGUUGAAAAUGAGGACAAACAAAAUACUAUAUAUAUAUAUAUAUAUAUUUAUAUCGAUGGACAUCAGUCAAACACUGUGCAGUUUCCAAUGACUUAAGUUUCACAUGGUGUC